CUCUUCCACCUACAUCAUUUCCUCCUUCUUUCUCCAACCAAGGUUAAGGUGCUUUUGUUAGAUCAGUAGAUCGAGGUAGCAGCCUCUCGGUUUAGGAGCUUUUGGCACGGGACUCGCAUGCUCGUUGUAUGUACAAGUUAUGGCCUCGUGUUUUCGAUAAGGAGGCAGAUCAAUGUAUUACCAAAACAAUGACUCAGCUUUGGUUUUUUUGAAAAGCUUUGAAGAAGAAUUUGCCUCGUAUAAUUUUUGUGUAAAUUACCUUUAUUACCAGAGAAGGAAGAUGAGUCAAGGAGACAAAACUUCUACUCCUCCUCCUGCUGAUGAUAACAACAAUAAUGCCCCACAAAACACUGGUGGCAAUUCACAGCAAACAAUGGACUCUAGAGAAGGAAAUCAGCAGUUGACAUUGGUGAAGCAACUUCAGAACAUGAACCCGCCUAGCUUCAAGGGAGUUCCUGAUCCCGAUGUGGCUGAGUCUUGGGUUAAGAAAUUAGAAAAAAUGUUCAAGUUCCUAAAAUGUACUGAUGGGAAAAAAGUGGAGCUAGCAGUGUUCACAUUAGAAGGUGAAGCUGAUGAUUGGUGGACAGCUGCUCAAGAUGGGUUUUCUAAGAGAGGGGAGGAGGUUACAUGGGACAAGUUUGUUCAAGCCUUCUAUCAAAAAUAUUUUUCUACAGCUGUGUUGGAAAGAAAGGAACUGGAGUUCAUGAAUCUGAAGCAAGAUGACAUGACAAUUGAUGAGUAUCAAGCUAAAUUCAGUUCUUUUAUGAAGUUUGCUCCUCACCUUGUUAAUGAUGAAGUUAGAAAGGUAAGGAAGUUUCAAAGAGGGUUGAAAGCUUCCAUUAGGAACAAGGUGGUUCCUCAAAUGCUAAAGACUUAUGAUGAGGUCUUAGCCACGGCUCAAAUAAUUGAGCAAGAUAUGGAGGAGCAAAGAAUGGAGACUCAUGACUCAAAAGGUAAGGGAAAGGCUAUCAACAACACCCAGCCUUUCAAUAAGAAGCCUGAACAAAUGGGAAAAAGGAAGAUCCCUGAAAGCAACAGACCAAGUUUUGAUUUUUGUAAAAGGUGCGGUAAGAACCAUGGGGGAAAAGAAUGUUAUUGGCAGAUUGGGGCAUGUUUCAAGUGUGGGAAGACUGACCACUUGAUCAAGGAUUGCCCGGUUCUCAAGGGAACAAGUCAGCAGUCAAAGGAUCAAGAUAAUAAGAACCCCAGGGUUCAAGGAAGAGUUUUUGCCAUCACGGAACAAUAAGCUCAAAACACUCCUACAGUUAUAAAAGGUAAAAUACCUA